AUUUGGCUAUUGAAUGGUAUUUGGAAUCUACUGCCGCUGGACAUGAAUGUCAACGUCAUAAUCAUUUCCGUUGGAUCGAAUACAAUGAUUUUAGAAACAUUGAAGAAGUAGGUAAAGGCGGAUUUUCUGUAGUGUAUAAGACAUCAUAUAAAACGUACUUUGGAAUGGAUGAAGAAGUUGCGAUCAAGAUAAUAAAAGAUUCACAUAACAAUAAAAAACUUUUUUUAAACGAG